AUGCCACCAGGUGCUCAAAACCCGGGUUUCUAUCCUCAAACAGCGCCUUCUGAUCAAGAUGCGCAAUCCAUUCUUGGCCGGUUAGACCGGAUCGAGGCUGUUUUGGGUAUCAAUAAGGACCGACCUGCUACCUCGUCAAUGAGCGUAGCGUCGGAUCUGGAUGAGGAGGUGAUCGACGUGCCUUUCUAUGACUUAUGGGCAGCGGCAAAACAUUUGAGAGCGAUCACUCGCCCACCACAGGACGACAGCAUUUGGUCACGACCUACGAUCAAGAUAUUAUGGGCCAAGUUUCUUGAUAAUUUGCCCCUGCUGCAUUUUCUGAAAGAUCAAAAUGCCUUCUCCUCCCCUUCACCCCUUCUACUCGCCUCUGUUCUUUACAUAUCUGCACUUCACAGUCCCUCGGCUGAACUCGCAUCACUGGCUGGUGGGUACUUGGUGGCCAUCUGCAGCGCAAUUGCUGAGCUUGUUAUUCCAAGCCCGUUGCCAACCCUCCUGAACUGGUCAAGCGCAAACCUAAGACAGCAUGACCCUUCCAGCAGUAGAGAGGAGCAACACGUUUUCCAAAACAUCCUUGGUUUGAUUAUGGCUAGCCUCUGCUCGGAGGCAUUCGUCGAGACCACGGACAAGUGGAUCGCUAUAGCCUACCGACUUUUGCUUGACCACUGCCCAACUGCUGCAGAAAGCACAGCUCAAGAUUGGCCUGGCUUAUUCUCAGGAAUCCAAGUAAUCGAUAUAGAGCAUGCAUCUAUGCACAUGUGCCAUCCUCUCCUACCAAGACAGCCUCCUACGUCAGCUUUGCAGCAGUUAAACAGCCAUGAAGGGGACGCGUAUCGGGGCCUAACUCAGAUCAUGCACCAUGGACUCAGUCAUUUUGUAAGGCGAGGACUUCCGACCAUCUGGUCCUUCGUGAGCGCAAGGGAACCCGACACACUGCCUUCAGUGCGGGCACCUUUCACCGACGAAGACUCCCAAGUCAUUCGUCUGUGGGCAAAGAAGCUAGACGACUGGCUUGUUCGGUAUAAUGGGACAUCUCAGCCGUCCCCGUCAGACCGACAGGGAAUCGUCAUCCUCCUGCAAUAUCACCUUCACAAACUAUACGUCCUCUCGAUAUAUCAUCCGGCGCGUGGAUUCGAUCUGUCUUCGGCAAACAUAACCCCGGCCGAGAGACAUGAAUUGUUGGUAUCGGCUCGAGCCGUGCUACGGUUACGCCAGGACGACGCUAGCAUCUGGUCGAACUGGGAUCUUAUAAUGAUCACCUGGGCCGCAAUGCUCCUUUUGCGCGGCGUCGAAGACGGCGUCACACACCAAGACGACCUCCGUCUCAUCCAAUCCCACCUCCAAAGCCUCAAACUCAGCCACCCAUCAGCACCAAGCAUCCACGCCAUCCUCGCGGACCGACUCCAAUCGGGGAUCCAAAGCAUGAACACCCCUCCAGACAUAGGGCCCGAAUUAUCCAUCCCCGGUCCGCACGCGGACUAUUCCUGGACCAUCUUCGACCAGGAGAUCAUGCCGCUUGCGAACCCGCCGUGGCUGUUCGAAGGCGCCGCCGCCGCCGCCGCCUCCUUAGCUUCGGUGCCGUCGCAGCUAGCGCAGCAGCAGCAACAAUCACCCAUUCCGUCCGUCGGGUAUACUACACAUGGCAAUUUGGGGACCGGUCAUCAUCAUCAUCAUCAUCAUCCAGCGGCUGCUUUUCCUGCCGCCGGCGAGCACUGGGAACAUCAUCAUACGGCGUCGGCAUCUUCGGUGCGUCCUCCGCAUCCGCCGCCGCAGAGGUUUAAUCGGAUGUUUGGGCCUGAGAAUGUGCCCGGUGAGAGUAAUGACUAUUUGAUGUGA